AUGAAGUUCUCCACGACCCUCGCCGCCACCUCCACCCUCGUCGCUUCCGCAUACGCGGCACCGGCCUCCCGCGCUGUGCGCAGUCUUGUAGCCCGCGCACCGGGUCAGGGAUCCUGGAUGACCCUCAACAGCACGCUGAACCUCCAGUCGGGUGAUUCGCAAGGCGCGGCAUACUUCAUCACUAACGACCCAUCGGGAAACUACAUCGUUGCGGCCGACAUCAACGCCGACGGCUCUCUCACACUCGCUACUGCUAUGUCUACCGGCGGCCUCGGUCAGCACGGUAACGUUACGGGCGCGGACCCUCUCUACUCUCAGGGCGCGGUCGUCGUGAACAGCGCAACCAACCUGCUCGCGACUGUCAAUGCUGGCUCGAACACCGUCUCCCUCUUCUCCAUUGACCCGUCAAACCCUACCACCCUCACGGCCGUCGGCGCUCCGGUCGCCUCGGGUGGUGAGUUCCCUCAAUCUGUGGCCUUCACCGAUGCAGGAGACAAGCUUUGCGCUCUGAACGGCGGCGCUCGUGACGGUGUUCAAUGUUUCUGGGUCAACGGCACCUCCGGCCUGAUCCCGAUCACCGGCGGCUACCGUGCGCUUAAAUUGAACCAGACGACUCCGGCUACCGGCGUGCCGGGCACUGCGUCGCACAUCAUCUUCAGCAAGGACCAGAAGAGUGUUUACGCCGCUGCAAAGGGCAACCCUACCACCGGCGCUACCGGCUUCAUCGCCGCAUUCGACCUCGGCGAUGACGGCCUCGGUGAGGAGUACCGCCUCGGCUUGCCCCAGGGCGGCAACAUCGCCUUUAGCAUGGGCUUCAUCCCCGGACGCGACGACGGUUCGCUACUCGUCACCGACGCGGCAGUCGGCUUCAACAUCCUCGACUUCAGCCAGGGUGUACCUUCCGCGCUCGACCAGCCUGCCAGUGUCGCCGUAAGCAUCCCAGGCCAGGGCGCCGUAUGCUGGAACGCGUACUCUUCCAAGACGGGCUCGUUCUACCUCUCCGACUUCCUUACCAACCUCAUCACCGAGGUUUCCGUCGAUGUCGACACUCUCGCCACCACUCAGGUCUCGCAGUUCGACACGCAGAGCGACGCGGGUUUGAUCGAUCUCGAGGUUGCCACCGUCGGCGACAAGGACUACCUCUACGUGGUCGAGGGUACCGCGGCCGGCAUCCAGGUCUUCAGCCUCGACGCGCCCGGCCAGGCGACGCACCUCCAGAGCGUUGACCUCAAGGGCCCUGCGUACGCCGCUGGCUUGCCUCUCGAGGGCGAGAACAUCCAGGGCAUGGCCGUGUUCCUCAAGUCGCAGUAA